GGCAAAACUAAUCAAAAAUAUGACAAUUGACACCUGUCAAUUUAACCUCACUUUUGCCAAAAUGUUAGACGAGUCUUUGGCCGAAAUCGCAGAAGAGUUAGCGACUGAGUUUGCACCUGACGAUAACACGAAACGGGACAACUCUGAGGGGGAAACCCCGCAAACGUCCAAAUCCGCGGCCCGAACGCACUCAGUCCUGGUCAGUCCCAAGCAAAGGGGCAACCCAUUGCUCAAAUCAAUCUGCAACGUCCCUUGGGAGUACGAUGACAUAGUCCCUGACUACCAAAUGGGGCGCACCACUUGUGCCCUUUUCCUGUCCCUCAGGUACCACAAUCUCAACCCGGACUACAUCCACGAGAGGCUAAAAAAGCUAGGCAAGACGUACGAACUGAGGAUUUUGCUAGUCCAGGUUGAUGUGAGUGACCCCCACCACCUGUUGAAAAACCUAACCCGGGUGUGUAUUCUGGCCGACUUGACGCUAAUUCUCGCCUGGAGUGCCGAAGAGGCGGGGAAAAUCAUCGAAACGUACAAAAUUUACGAAAAUAAACCGGCGGAUAAUAUCAUGGAAAAGGGCGAAUCCUCGCCCUACAUUCGGUUACUUCAAGUGUUAACGUCCAUAAAACCGAUCAAUAAGACAGACGCUAUGAAUCUAAUUGCCAGGUUUAAGACUCUUGAGGGGGUUAUCAAAGCCACCGAAUUCCAACUGUCGGAGUGUCCCGGUUUGGGGCCCGUUAAGGCCAGGAAGUUGUAUUCGACGCUGCACGAAAAGUUUUGCCGGAACUAACUCAUUUUUAAUUUGUUAUUAAGUAACUUAUUUUGUGGCAUAUUGUUCAGUAUUUUAAUAAAUUUCGUAUUUUUCUAAU